UCAUUUCUUGGAUACCUCUGUACGUCCAGUCAGCUGAGUUCUAUGACGACCUUAUAUAACAACGUUGUCCAACUUUUGUGUAUUGAUGCAUCACAAGGUGAUUAGCCUAAUGAGCACUAUUGUGGAGAUAGACUUGAAUGGCUUAUUUUGUAAAUAGUUUUUAAUAUUAGUUGUUCUUAUUUUGUCAAUUUUUCACUGUAUGUAUAUUUAUCAUCAAAUGACUGUACCUGUUGUUUUAGUGAAUGGCCUUGAACGCAAUUUCCGUUGUAUUACUGACAUAGCGUGAUGUACCCCCGUUUGCUAACAAAUACAUUGCCAUACACACAUACCUUGUUCUAUCUUCACUUGUGAUUGAGCUAACUGCAUUCUAAAUCAAACAUUAUCUGCAUUUAUAGACUGUGGGUCGGAAUAUAUCAUACCUAACAUUGGUUUACAUUACUGGAGAGUCCAACAACCAAACAUUUAUAAUUGUGAAUUUUCAGUAUCAGACCCAAUCCGAACACGCAUCAACUUGGUGAACUUAAGUAAAGUCCCAAUUUUUCUGUUGUAUUUGUAACAAUUAACAUUAUUAUUUACUCUUAAUAACUUGGUUAAUAUUUUUUUACGUUCAUUUCUGUCUUGUCCACCACACUAUACCGACUUUCAGUAUUAAUGUAAUACAGCAUGUUGGAUCUGUACAGAAGUUCACUUCAUAGAAAAAAUUAGGAAGACCCUUUAAAACUUUAUCCUCACAACACCGCUGUUCCCUUCCCAGGUCCCGGUAUAUUGACUUGUUUGAUAGGUGCUACCCUAGGCUUGCUAUACAACAAAACACUGGUGUUUCCUGCAAAUAAAUAACCCAUGGGCAAGCAGCUGCUCCAUAACUGAUCUCCAAGUCAUCACUGAAUCGAUUUAAUUUCACCUUCGCGUCGGGUCCGUCAAUUCUCUUCUUGAUCUCCCGAGACACCUCUGGAAACAUCAGCGCAAUCAAAAACACUCAGCUCUAUUUUAGGUAGUUGUAUACCUACCAUAACAGGCGCCAGUAGCUUUAUGCUCUUCUCUAAUAUUUCAGGUUUCUGCUUCAUGUCUAAACUACGAUCUUUCAUGUCAUCUACUAUCGAAUCAGAACUAGCGUCACUAUUAUUGUAAUUAACCCUAUUUAAGUCUGAAUCAUAUGACAUAAGGGUAUCAAAAGAUACUAUGUCAAAAGGGACUCGUCAUUUGACUUGACUUUAUUGACACCAAUCAGAUUCGAGCUUGACUUUCUUCAACGUACAUAAGACGAAAGUUGAACUGUCGUUCAGUGCUCUACAAUUAAAAAAUAAACACUUCUCUUCUGCAUUACAAAAGCAGUAUCAUAAUAUCCAAAUUGUUAAUGGUAGACACGCGGAUGCCUUAUGCUUUAGCAAUCAUGCAACCUGUGAAUCCAUAAUGCAGCGUGAAACGUGCAUUACUUACGAAUGAUAGUGUAAAAAUGUUAGCUGAAUCAGGAACAGUUAAGUCUGUGAACACUUGCGAAACCAACUAAAAAUAAGAUAAAGAAUAGUAUAAAGAUAAAUAUUUACCAGCAACUAAUAAAAAAAUAUUCGAUUAUAGAUCGUACGUGCAUUUAACUCAUCCUUUUUUGUUCCAUUAUGCACGCUUAUUCACUUUAUCUCUUGCGUCGUGCAUAAAGCCUGGCUCGCAAUACCCAUCGCGUGUGUUAUUUGGUUUUCUGGACAGGCGGCACAUUAGAACCGUAAACACAUAACAUCUAUAAAUAUAUAUGGACUUAUGUUAGUUUGCUGCGAAUUGUUCUGUAGAAUUUGUCACUACUUAUACCAAUUUUACUUUUAGUUUCACGUAAGGUAUAAGUUAUUGCUAGUUUGGGUGUCAACACUUGGGCUAGGCAUGCUUUGGUUGAAUUCCGAAGAUCAUCACAUGCAAUCUCGGAUAAUCUGGUCGCCUGAGAUUUUAUAAACAGCUUCGGUUUGCGCACCCGGGCAGUAUCACAGCCCUCACACACAUCAAAUGAGAUUUGUGUGGCGCAUGCGGCUUAUUUACCUGAUGGGAGAUUUCUAGCUGUGUUUAACAGCUCAAUCGUCUCGAGGAUCAGCAGGCAUUUGGUAGAGCAGCAUGCACUGCAUAGCCAACGUAGUAGUGGUUUGCAAUACCUUUAAAAUGCAGUCGAUGUGUCCUGUGCACACAUGAUACUACUUGUUGGGGGUAUCAUAUUACAUUCAAUCCUCGACUAGAAAGAAACAUGGGUUGCCGCACCGAUGUUUUGUUGGGGCUAUUUAAUUUGUUAAUUGGACACAGAGAACAAAGAAAUUUGUCAGCACCGGAAAUAGCAAAAGCAAAAAUCAUUUAUGGAUAAUGUCCUGAAAAUUCUAAAAAUGAUGGACACUGAACAUCAAAAAGUUUUUUAUGUCGUACUCAAAAAAUGAGUACGGAAAACCUGCUAUACAAGUGAACUGGUUGGUCCACUAAACGAGAGCCGCUUGAUAAAUCUUUUUUUCUGCACUGACAAUAUGAGUACAAUCCAAUGAACUAAUGUUAAACUGACAUUAUCGAGUAGUCUAUUACUAGUAGCUCAAUAUUUAGUUUAAGUAAGUAUUAAAGUAGCUUUCACAUUUUAGGACAUAAUCGAAAUUCUAUGAUUUACUCAGCAAGGAAAAAGUACCACCUUUUAUUAGGGGAAAAUGACCCAUGUAACAGGCAUAGUCCUGGCUACAAAUAUUUGUAAAAUCCUAUCAGGUUCAUUAUCCUUUGAGAAUCAUGAUGAUUCUGUCACUUACGGAUUGUGUAAUCUAUAUUUAAAUGAUAAUUUAGAACAAAUGACAAAACUUCGUGAUGGUCAGAUUUUGGAAACCUAUUAUGAUAAACUAAAUGAAUGUAUAAAAGAUAUGGAAGAUUGUGGCGUACGGCUAAAGUCUAUGCUAGACCAAUUGAAUGCUUUGAGACAACUAAGUCAAAAUGAAUCAAUUUACCAGCAGUAUGCCACAUGCCAAUCGACAUUGGACUCAUCCGUAAAAGUAAAAAGUGAUUCUGCACUAGAUGAUAACAGUUUGUCUACUUUAAAUUCGACUCGAUCAUAUCCAUUAACAUCAUUAAAACAACAAACACAACAACGGAAGUUCAGGGAGACUUACUUAUGCGAAAUAUUGAACAUUGAAAUAAACGGACUAAUCAAACAAAUUGAACGUGAUUCAAGCAUUCGAAAAUAUUUAGUGAAAAUUAUAUUACCUAGCACUUCACAUUAUUUUCAAGUGAAUACUUUUGUUCAGGAUAAUGAUGAUGCUGUCCUAACAAAAUUUGUGUCAAUUUGGCGUCAUUUUGGACAAUAUGUUUCAUGGUUUACUGCUAUAUCAAUGUCUGAGCAUAUUUUGAAAACUUUCAAUAAUACAAACUGA